GCAUCAGUUCCUUCAAGUCCACUAUGCAGCAACAAUGGAGCACUCUCCUGUGGUCUCUGUGAGUGCAAUAGUGGCUGGAGUGGGCCCUCAUGUAACUGCUCUACAUCAGCAGUGUGUCCAAUAGGUCCUAAUAAUCAAGAGUGCAGUGGUGAGAGAAGGGGUCAGUGUGUAUGUGGUCAGUGUGUAUGUAAGCAACCAACCAAUAGAGUACCAGGAGUAGUUACACCACGUAUUGAAGGAGAUGCUUGUGAAUGCAGUAACUAUGAAUGUGAUGAUGACUCUGGUUUUGUAUGCAGUGGGCAUGGUACGUGUACUUGCUCUAAUGGUACAUAUGCUUGUCAGUGCGAUAUAUCACCUGUUUCAGGUUUCUAUUACAGUGGGGACUAUUGUCAAUGCUCAUAUGAUGAUUGUAUUGAUAUAGAUCUAGAUUCAAGUACAUCAGUCUUGUGUAAUGGCAGAGGAGACUGUGAUCCAUGUCAAGGUAGCUGUGAAUGUGAUGCUGAUUUUAUUGGUGAAUAUUGUAGCCUAUACACUGGCAACCAGCUAUCAUGUACUGCUAAUGAAGAAUGCGUCAAAUGCUUUGCAAAAGCACCUAAAAAUGGUAACACUUCUUGCUCGGGUUUACCAUCUGAUUUAUGUCAAGGAUAUUUCACACUAUCAGCCUCUCAAUACACUAUACCUGAUACUAUUGAUGGGUCAGCUAGUGAUUGUUCCAUUAGUACAGUAGAAUGCAAGUAUACAUACUAUGUAGCUCUCUCUGCUGUCAAUUCCAGUAUGAUAAUAUAUCAAGUGGAGCCUGAAGAAUGCCUUCCAAUACCUAUAUGGGCCAUUGCUGUCAUAAUAGUCAUAAGUAUUUUACUUGUUGGUGCAUUGAUUCUGAUUGUGAUUAAAUUGAUCUUUGUGUACAAAGAUCAUCGUGAGUACAAGAACUUCCUCUCUGAGAUUAAUCGAUCCAAAGGCUCAGCACAAGAGAACCCUACCUACUUAAAACCCAUAAUUGAAACUGUAAACCCAGCUUAUGGUGUAGCUAAAUCUACUUAG